UUUGAUCGGUGUCGGUCUUGUUAAAAAAAAAGUGCAAGUUUAAUAACGUCAUAAUCAAUAUAGAUUCAGAGAUUGCAGUUCUAUUAGUGUUUAUACUUUAUAAGUAAGAGAGAUUCAAAAAUGAAGAUUAGAUCAUUUGAAGUGAUUGUGUUAUCAAUGACAAUUAUCUCUAUUGCCACGCCCGCUUUGGGGUUCUUAGGACGAUUAGGACGAUUUGAAGAUUCCCAAAGUCGAAUCACGCCCGAAUACUGUUGGGGUGCUUGUGUGGCGCUCAGCGAGUGCCCCCAGGCGACAGAAGACUACAAUUUUAGAACCGAUCGCGCAGUCACACAAUAUGUGCGCUUCUUGCACCGCAAUUGUGGAUCGCAGAGUGUCAACGGGGAUCCAAUUGUCUGUUGUACGAGAUCCCCGUCGAAGUCCCAGAUAUAUCCAACCCCAACUCCAGAUAUAACAAACUUAAUACUAUCACAGAUUUCAACAACACCAAGGACACACAGAAAUUCCCAAAGUCGACAGCAGUCCUUCACGCCCGAAUACUGUUGGGAUGCUUGUGUGGCGCUCAGCGAGUGCCCCCAGGUGACAGAAGUCUACAAUUUUAGAACCGAUCGCGCAGUCACACAAUAUGUGCUCUUCUUGCACCGCAAUUGUGGAUCGCGGAGUGUCAACGGGGAACCAAUUGUGUGUUGUAUAACACCAUUAAGUGAGCCUCCUUCAACAAGUACAACAACAAUCACAGCCAUAACUCCAAUACCAGUAACGACUUUAACAACCACAACACCGGAACCAACGUCAACCACAUCAAUAUCAUCGCUUGUGGAUCUUCGAUCAAACAGUUGUCUAUUGGUACCCGGAGUGUAUGGCGAAUGCAUCGACAUCAAGAGAUGUCCCUCCAUAUUUAAUCAGCUAAAGGCUAAGGGAAACGAUCCUGUACUAGUCAAAUUUAUAAAAGCUUCAAAUUCUCUUUGCGACAACGUCGGCCAAAAUGUGUGUUGUCCCACAGAGCCAGCUCCACGUCGCUUGCCCACUGAAAAAGAGGGUUGUGGUGAACCAAACUUGGUCAGUUUUAGGAAAAUCGUGGGCGGCGAUGAGGCAAUGAAAGGUGCUUAUCCAUGGAUCGCGCUGCUAGGGUAUGGUAAUAGUUCCCUUUCGACCUUCAAAUGUGGCGGAUCAUUGAUUACGGCCAGACAUGUGGUGACAGCAGCUCAUUGCAUAAAGGAUGAUCUGUCGUUUGUGCGCCUCGGAGAGCACGAUCUUUCUACCGACACUGACACUAAGCACAUGGACAUCAACAUAGUCAAGAAGGUGUCCCAUUCCAAUUACAAUAAGACAGACGGUCGCAGCGAUAUAGCGAUGCUCUACUUGGAACGCAAUUUGGAGUUUACAAAUAUAAUGAAGCCCAUUUGUUUGCCCAACUCUCCCAGCUUGCGUGCCAAGUCUUAUGUGGAUACAAACCCCAUUGUCAUUGGCUGGGGUAAUACUCAAGAGUCUGGAAGAAGUGCAAAGAUAUUGCGUCAGCUAACGAUACCCGUCCUGGAAAAUUCAGUGUGUCAAAACAGUUAUAAAGCAUGGAAUUUAAGCUUUAGCUUGAAUCAAUUCGAUAAAGCCAUUCUAUGUGCUGGCACUUUAGCUGGUGGCGAAGACUCUUGCCAAGGGGACUCAGGUGGUCAGCUAAUGACCUCCGAACAAUUAGAUAAUGGUGAAAUAAGAUUCUAUCUGAUUGGAACUGUUGCCUAUGGUUAUGGUUGUGCCAGGCCAAACAUACCCGGAGUCUAUACGAGCACACAGUACUUCAUGGACUGGAUCAACGAUAAGGUGCGGGAGAUGCCGUGAACUAGGACUGAAAGUUCGUUUGUGUAAUCUAUAUGUAGAAGCUUAAGUUUGAAUUGAUGUAAAUAAUAAUUAUACUGAAGCGCA